AUGGACUCCCUUCAUCUCAUCCACGUGAAGCUUCUAGCCGCCGACCUUCUCUCGCUAACUGCCCGACAUACAUCGCCGCCUUCCUUUGUUCGCUGUGGCCGUACCGUUGCGCGCGCAGAGGUCGUCGGGGUUGUGGUUUCGCGUGAUCGCAGGGAGAAGUUUCUCCGCUUCCUGGUUGACGAUGGCACCGGCUGUGUUCCAUGUGUCCUCUGGCUGAACCACCACUACAUGAAUGCAAACAGUACAUCCGGGGCAGUGGAUUCUGAUCCAACUGGAGAAAUGGCGUUGAAGAUGUCGGAGCUGGUGCGCCUGGGCACUCUGUUGAGGGUUCGAGGGAGGAUCGUCAUGUAUCGUGGAGCAACCCAGAUUGCUGUUAGAGACGUGGUUCUGGAGAAGGACCCUAAUGUGGAGGUUCUACACUGGUUGCAGUGUGUUCACUUGGCCAAGGAAUGUUAUGAUUUACCACCGCCUUCUGAUUGA